AAGCACAGCCUAACACACAAAAAAUGAGUUAGAUUGAAAAGAUAGUUUUCUCGCCUGUAAUAUGAAUAUUUUAGUAAACAACUUUUUUUUGUUAUUCUAAGCGUAGGUGUUACAUUCGGAAUGACACAUACCUAUUCAACAUGUACUUUUUUUCUGUUUCUUUACUUAUUUGUAACGAAACGUAGAAAAUUAUUAUUGUUUCAUUUCGUUAGUGAAAAGCGUUGUUUCUACCACCGGAGAUAGUGCGGAGUGACCGUGAAAUAAUUUAGACCAACCUGUUCGAUAACCAUUCAAAAAAGUCGCCCUUGAAGUGACUGCGUCUCUUUUGUCAAGUAUUCACCGUUUACCCCUGAAAUCGAUUAUUUCAUGAAGAUUGAUUACCUUCGUGGCAUUAGAAGUGAUUUCGAUUUUAAGUGAAUGUUUCGAAGAAGAAAUUGGUUAUUUUGUAAUACAAAAAGGCAGAGUAAAUGAAGCGGUGGAAAAAGAGAAAUAAGAAAUUACUUUUGGUUUCCUCUCUGGAAAUAUACGAUUUUACAAAAUUAAAGAAGAAAAAAGAACGCGAUGGUUAAAAGGAAAUCAAAUUUGAAACUUUUCGUUACGUCAAACAAAGAAAAUACCUUCCAAAACCAUGAUCAAGACCAGGAACGUCCGUUAACUGCCACGUUAGAAAAACCUCAAGUACUUGAUAUCAAAUACCUUGGGAAAAUUGAUAUGUCGUUGAUGAGAAAGGAGUUUUUAACAAUAUCCAAUCUUUGUCGCUUGCCACUUACAAAAGUAAAUAAUACUGUAAAUACAGACGGUUUUAAAAAGUCGAAACCUAUCUUCAAGACCCACCGUAAGCGUGCUUUUAAAACAGUGGACGAAAGUGAAAAUGAAAUAAGCAGCGGAGACCCAAAUAAGUUGUUUAAUAGACAUAGGCAAUAUGUCAAGCUUAGUGAUAUUAAAAGUGGCAAAUCAGGCGUUCAAGGACAAAUCAAUCGACCCUUUAUCGACAGACAAAGGCAUACCCUUGCCGCAUAUAAUACUAAUGACGUCAGAAUAAAGAAUAAUGAUGGUAUCAUCACGACAGCUGACGCACCUGUAAAUAAAACAUCAGCAGCAAUUUUUAAAUCGACCAAACAUGACCAGUUUUCAUGUAGCAGUUGCGGAAGAAACGAUAAACCGGAACGUUUUCAUACUCAUCCUUUUAACAAAAAAGUUUCGUUAUCAGUACGAAAUACGUCCCCAACUAAACUUGGAAGAGGGACAAUAGUGUCUUCUAUUACAAAAAUUCUAAAGAGCGAAGAAAAUAAAAAAGGAAAAAAGAAAGAAAAUGUGGCAAAAAUGAACUCAAGACUGAAUCAAGACCGAAAUGGGAAUGCGGAUUUAAAAACAAAGGGACUCAGGACUCUUAUAUGUUAUUUAUGCGGAAGGCAAUAUGGGACAGCGUCUUUAAAAUUACAUGAACCCAAAUGCAUUGAGAAAUGGCACACAGAAAACUCAAAAUUACCACGACAUCUCAGAAGAGCACUUCCGCAAAAGCCAAUACAUGCACAAACACUCGAUGAAUGGAAUAAUAAUGCGUGGAAAACAAUGCAGGUAUAUACAUAUAUACUGUUCAAUUUCGUACAUAAGUACUAUUUAUUAAAAUAGUAUUAUAUAAAAAUAUCGCAAUAUGAACAUUUAUGAAGUUUAA